GCUGAUGGUCAGCUGAUCUUUCCGGAAGUUGUUGCUUCACUGCAGCUAGCAGCGUUUUGUUUAUUUGGAUCAGAAUCAGCUGUGAGGAUCACAUGAGAGACUUUAUAGCUUUAUAGUUCUGAAAUUUAAUUUGUUUUGUUACUGUUACUGCAGUUUCUCACUAAAAAAACAAAAACAAAAUGUCUCUGUUCAGUGUAAAGACCGGAGUCAGUGUGUUAACGCUCAUCUGUCUCCUGUUAGCAGCUACAGAAGCUAAAAAUUCUGAGGACAUCAGGUGUAAAUGUAUUUGCCCCCCUUACAAAGACAUCGAAGGACAGAUCUACAAUCAGAACGUUUCCCUGAAGGACUGUAACUGUCUUCACGUGGUGGAUCCGAUGCCGGUGGAAGGGAAAGACGUGGAGGCGUACUGUUUACGCUGCGAAUGUAAAUACGAGGAGAGAAGCUCAGGAACGAUUAAAGUGACCAUCAUCAUCUACCUGUCUGUUCUGGGGCUGCUGCUGCUCUACAUGGUGUAUCUGACCCUGCUGGAGCCCAUGCUCAAACGCCGCCUGUUCGGACACUCGCAGCUCAUCCAGAGCGACGAUGACGUCGGAGACCAGCAGCCGUUUGCGAACGCUCACGAUGUGCUGUCCCGCUCGCGCUCUCGCACCAACAUGCUGAACAAGGUGGAGCACGCGCAGCAGCGCUGGAGGAGGCAGGUCCAGGAGCAGCGCAAGUCCGUGUUCGAUCGGCACGUGGUGCUAAGCUAAAAAAAUUUAAAAAACACUCCCCCUAGUGGACGGUCUGGUUAUGUGUUUAAGACUACUGUUAUCUCUUCAGCGUAACCUCCUCGCCUUUAUAACAUCAUCCCCUGUGUGUGUGUGUGUGUGUGUGUGUGUGUGUGUGUGUGUGUGUGUGUGUGGAGUUUGUAAUCACUGGCAGGAACUUUCACCUCUCAGUAUUUAACAUUCUGAAUUUUUUUCUUUUUUUUUUUUGCAUGAAAUAACGUAAAAUCUUCUGUGAAUAGAAAUCAUUGUUUACUCCUGAUGCAGCUUGAUCACAUUUAAAUACGGAGGUACGAAAAUAUCAGACUAGAAGCUGAUGCAAUCAUCUCAUUCCUCUUUAAUAAGCUUCUCCAAUAAAUAACAUUGUCCUUCAUGUGUGUGUGUGUGUGUGUGUGUGUGUACAUUGAUCACAUCAUGAACUAUUUAUGAUUUAUUGCUAAAUAAACCUGAUUCUUGCUUCAAAGCGUAACCAGUCUGAUGAUGUACAUCUUCACGUAAACAAUCUGUUCGUGUUCGUUAUUCAUUACUGCUGUGGAAUUUUCUCCAGAAGAAAAUCUGAAUUAUAAUUGUGUUGGAUUCAUGGUUUAGGAGUUUAGAGUUUGAUGAUGAGGUUAAUAUCUUGUACCUGUGAUCACUUCUAAUAUGUUCAAUACACUUCUGUGGAAUUUG